AUGGCUGUCAUUCCAGCGUCAUUGCCAGCGUCGAAGAUAGAAAAAGAGACCAUAAGGGAACUGCGUGAAAAGCUCAUUGAGGUUUUAGCAGAUGGCAUUCCCGAGGAUUUAGAUACAGAGCUGAAUUUGCUUCGAUGGAUCCGAGGAAAUCAGUCAGAUAUCGGAAGAAUAUUAGAGAUUUUCCCCACCUAUGUGGCUUCCCGACAGGCGGCAGGUUUUACAGGAAAGAAUCUCGAGGAACGAUAUUUCGAGAUGCCUCAUGUGAAGCCAUUCUUGAAAUACAUCGCAUCUUCUCGGUUGUCUGAUUCACAAUGGUCCGAGGAACACAAUGCAUUUCUUUUUGUGGAAAGAGCCUGGUCACAACCUCGAGAAUUCAUAAAAACUUUCAAAGUCUCCGACUAUCAGAUGCACUGUUUUGGAUAUUCUGAGUUUUUGCUACAACUCAUUCUAGAACGAGAGAAAAACCAAUCGCCAGAUAAAGGCCCCGUGCAGUUCAUCGUUAUCUUCGAUUUGAUGACUGUGAACAUAACUGAUUAUGUAAAUCCCAUGAGUGGUUACAUGAAGAUGUGGCAACUUCGAUCUGACCUUUGGCAAGAUUGGUUUCCUGAUAUGGUUCAAGGCAUUUAUCUUGUUAAUCCACCGCGCUUGGUGAGCGUUCUUUGGAAAAUUGCUCGUCUCUUCCUAUCUGAACACAAUUUGAAACGAAUUGAAAUCAUAUCCGACGAGAAAGAAUUUACAAAACAUCUUCCGAAAUGGUUCAUUCCGAAAGAAUAUGGAGGGGAUUUCAUAGCUCAAAGGCCACAUGGCGACGAAUCUGGCGUCAGUAUUCGUCAGAAAAUCACCUCUGCCGACUUUUAUGUACCUUAUCAACAUUACAAGAACCAUGGAGUAGAGAGACCAAAACACAAUAGAAAAGACAUCAGCCCUGGAGAAGCGUUCAUCAUUCCAAUAACCGUUCCUGAAGGUAAGAGUCUUCUUUGGGAUUUCACUGUGAGCGGGGAGGUGGAAUUUUUCAUUUAUCGGAACAAGCAACAACACGAUAUGGUUUUCCCUCGAUUCCGGUUAAUAACUUCCAAAUUGAACGAGGAAGGAUCUCUGGACAAUCUCCCCGAUGCCGAAUAUUCAUUAUUUUUCCUAAACAAGAGCGGAUAUUUCACAGUUAAAUUGGAAUAUUGCAUAGUUGUAGCUUAA